ACGUGACAGGAAGAAGCCCGCGGAAGGCGGAAGUAGUGUGUCUGCGUGCCGGCCCCGGUAAGUCGAGCCCGGUUUAAAGGCUCGUGGAGUCCGACACCCAGAGCCGCCAAGAUGAAGGUGAAAAUGCUGAGCCGAAACCCUGACAACUAUGUCCGCGAAACCAAGCUGGACAUACAAAGAGUUCCGAGAAACUAUGACCCUACUUUACAUCCUUUUGAAGUCCCACGGGAAUAUGUGAGAGCUUUAAAUGCUACCAAGUUGGAGCGAGUGUUUGCAAAGCCAUUCCUCGCGUCCCUGGAUGGUCACCGUGAUGGAGUCAACUGCCUGGCAAAGCAUCCAAAGAGCCUGGCUACUGUCCUUUCUGGGGCAUGUGAUGGAGAGGUUAAAAUUUGGAAUCUGACUAAACAAAAAUGUAUCCGAACAAUACAAGCACACGAAGGUUUUGUGCGGGGAAUGUGCACUCGCUUCUGUGGCACUUCUUUUUUUACUGUUGGAGAUGACAAAACUGUGAAGCAGUGGAAAAUGGAUGGACCAGGCUAUGGAGAGGAGGAGGAGCCGUUGUACACAGUGUUAGGAAAGACAGUAUAUACUGGCAUUGAUCACCACUGGAAAGACCCAGUCUUUGCCACUUGUGGGCAGCAAGUCGACAUUUGGGAUGAACAAAGAACCAGCCCUGUGUGCUCAAUGACCUGGGGAUUUGACAGCAUAAGUAGUGUUAAAUUUAACCCUGUCGAGACAUUCCUCUUGGGAAGUUGUGCUUCUGAUAGGAAUAUAGUACUGUAUGAUAUGCGGCAAGCUACUCCUUUGAAAAAGGUUAUCCUGGAAAUGAGAACAAAUACAAUCUGUUGGAACCCUAUGGAAGCUUUCAAUUUUACUGCAGCAAAUGAAGACUAUAACUUGUAUACGUUUGAUAUGCGUGCACUGGACACUCCUGUUAUGGUGCACAUGGAUCACGUGUCUGCAGUACUUGAUGUGGACUACUCUCCCACUGGGAAGGAAUUUGUGUCUGCCAGCUUUGACAAGUCUGUUAGAAUCUUCCCUGUGGACAAGAGCCGAAGCAGGGAGGUGUAUCAUACGAAGCGAAUGCAACAUGUGAUGUGUGUGAAAUGGACUUCUGACAGCAAGUACAUUAUGUGUGGGUCUGACGAAAUGAACAUCCGACUGUGGAAAGCUAAUGCCUCUGAAAAACUGGGUGUGCUUACAUCACGAGAAAAAGCAGCAAAUGAUUAUAACCAGAAGUUAAAGGAAAAAUUUCAAUACCAUCCACAUGUAAAACGGAUUGCUCGCCACCGGCAUCUCCCGAAAUCUAUCUACAGCCAGAUUCAGGAGCAGCGCGUGAUGAAGGAAGCUCGUCGCCGAAAGGAAAUGAAUCGUCGUAAACAUAGCAAGCCUGGAUCUGUGCCAAUUGUGUCAGAGAGGAAGAAACACGUAGUGGCGGUUGUGAAAUAAUGUUUUGUCUUCCUACCAAGUUUGAUAUAUAAUUAUUUGCUGCUUUUGAUUUGGGAACUCUGUAAAUAAAAGUCCUGACUCUGGUUUAAUAGUAAA